UUCUUUCAUCAUAAUCGUCUUGGAACUGUAGUUGCAGCAGGCCGGAAGAGCGGCUGCCGCUGCCUGGGAACGGCAGGAGAAGCGGCGGAGGGGCCUGAGCGGAGGCAUCGCUCGCACAUGAGAUUUUCUUCAUGGAAGUUACUUCAACUGUAUUGUGAUGGAGGGGAAAUAUUUUUGAAAUUAUAAUGGAUUUUACACAGCAUCAUAACGAAAACUGGCCUUUUAGCAGCAUCUGUGUGUGAAGAGAGUAGGCAUAAGUUCAGAUAACCAUGACAACUUCUCAUAUGAAUGGACACAUCACGGAAGACUCUGACAGUGAAGUGAAAAAUGUGGAUCUCACAUGUUCUGAGGAACCUCAGAAGCACAGAGAAAUGGCUGUUGAUUGCCCUGGGGAUUUGGGCUCCAGGAUGAUGCCCAUGCGGCGGAGCGCUCAGCUGGAGCGAAUUCGGCAGCAGCAGGAGGACAUGAGGCGCAGGCGGGAAGAAGAGGGAAAGAAACAAGAACUGGACCUUACUGCUUCUAUGAGGCUUAAGAAACUGGCACAAAUCCCUCCUAAAACUGGAAUAGAUAAUCCGAUCUUUGACACAGAAGAAGGAAUUAUUUUGGAGAGCCCCCAUUGUACUGUGAAGACACUAGAAGUGGAAGAACUGUUAACUUCCCUUAAGCAUAUCCAGCACGUUUUGGUAGACCCUCAGAGCCAAGAAGAUAUUUCUCUCAUUUUACAACUUGUUCAAAAUACUGAUUUUCAGAAUGCAUUUAAGAUACACAAUGCUGUUACAGUGCACAUGAACAAAGCCAGCCCUCCGUAUCCUCUUAUCUCCAACGCACAAGAACUAGCACAAGAGGUGCAGAGUGUUUUGAAACCCAGUCACCACAAAGAUGGGCAGGAGCUUAAUGCUUUGCUGAAUGCCCCUCACAUGCAGGCGCUCUUACUGGCUCACGAUAAGGUUGCAGAACAAGAAAUGCAACCAGAGCCAGUGACAGAGGAGAAGAUUUAUGAGAAUGUUGGCCUGUAUGGCGGGGAGACGGUUAAAAUAGUUCGGAUUGAGAAAGCUCGAGAUAUUCCACUGGGUGCUACUGUUCGCAAUGAAAUGGAUUCUGUCAUCAUCAGCCGAAUAGUCAAAGGCGGCGCCGCAGAGAAGAGUGGGCUGUUACACGAAGGGGAUGAAGUGCUAGAGAUUAAUGGCAUCGAGAUUCGUGGAAAAGAUGUUAAUGAAGUUUUUGACUUGCUGGCUGACAUGCAUGGUACCCUGACCUUUGUAUUGAUUCCCAGUCAACAGAGCAAGCCACCUCCUGCGAAGGAGACUGUUAUACAUGUGAAGGCACAUUUUGACUACGAUCCCUCUGAUGAUCCUUAUGUCCCUUGCCGAGAGUUAGGCCUGUCCUUUCAGAAAGGAGAUAUACUGCAUGUGAUCAGCCAAGAAGAUCCCAACUGGUGGCAGGCCUACAGGGAUGGAGAUGAAGACAAUCAGCCCCUGGCAGGCCUCAUCCCUGGAAAAAGUUUUCAACAGCAAAGGGAAGCAAUGAAGCAAACCAUAGAAGAAGACAAGGAGCCAGAAAAAUCAGGAAAACUCUGGUGUGCGAAGAAGAAUAAAAAGAAACGGAAAAAGGUUUUAUACAAUGCAAAUAAAAACGAUGAUUAUGAUAACGAGGAAAUACUGACGUAUGAGGAAAUGUCCCUGUACCACCAGCCGGCUAAUAGGAAAAGGCCCAUCGUCCUGAUCGGCCCGCAGAGCUGCGGCCAGAACGAGCUGCGGCAGAGGCUGCUGAGCGCCGAGGGCGAUCGCUUCGCCUCCGCGGUGCCGCAUACUACUCGGAGCCGGCGAGAGAAUGAAGUCGCUGGAAGGGAUUACCACUUCAUUUCCCGACAGGCGUUUGAGAACGACAUAGCUGCAGGGAAGUUCAUUGAAUAUGGAGAGUUUGAGAAGAACCUCUAUGGUACUAGCAUAGACUCGGUGCGGCAGGUCAUCAACUCUGGCAAGAUCUGCCUUUUAAAUCUCCAUACCCAGUCGCUGAAGACGCUGCGCAAUUCAGACUUGAAGCCAUAUAUUGUAUUCAUUGCGCCACCUUCCCAAGAAAGGUUACGUGCUUUAUUGGCCAAAGAAGGGAAAAAUCCAAAGCCGGAAGAACUGAGAGAAAUCAUAGAGAAGACGAGGGAGAUGGAACAGAACAACGGCCACUACUUUGAUACAGCAAUUGUGAAUUCUGAUCUCGAUAAGGCCUAUCAAGAGCUGCUUCGGUUAAUCAACAAACUCGACACAGAACCCCAGUGGGUGCCCUCCACCUGGCUGCGGUGAAAGAGGACAAUUCCAAGGGACAAAUGGACUCCCCCCUUGCAGUCUUUCCAAGGAGAUUGUGUGUAGGUCCGCCCAGUUCUAAUAAUAGAUGGGAGCAUGAGCUCUAGACCCUUGGUGGCUACUCUGUACUUGGCCAGUGAAAUUGUGUAUUACUGAGGGAAGAAAAAAAAAAUCCACUAAUCGGCUCGUGAGCUGAUUUAACUAAUUUAAAGAUUGUCCGAGUUUUCCUUCUCUGUGGUCUAAUGAUGAAGAUGCUUAAGUCAGUACUAAAUUCUAAAGCUUUAGAUAGAUUUUUCUAGUAACUACUUUUAUACAUAAAUACAUGCUAUUUUUAAUCUAGAAUCACCCUUAUAAAAUUAAAGAUUUUAAGUAUGUGCAUGUGCGUGUGUGUGUAUAUAUAUAGAGUCCGUGUUGUCACAUAGUUAUAAAUAUUAAUGUUAUUUAACACUUAACUUAAUGACUUUGUGGGACGUGAUGGUAGUUCAGGAUCAUAAUUUUACAGAUCACUGGGCAGAGAAAUAAUCUACAUAUGAAAUAAUAAUGAGAAAUGUUUCUGUUUUAAAAAUGUACAAAAGGAAGAUGCCGCUCUGGUCUGGAGCUGCCCUGUGAGGCUUGAAGUUUAUUUUUUAAUUCUAAAAAACAUUCCACUUUCUUAUGGCACUGUAAUUGGAAAAUAUGUGUAAUGUAAAUAUUUCAAUCCUUGGGUCUUUUUGGUCAAACUUUGUAAGUCAGUUAUUGACUGCAAAUUAAUUUUAGGUCCAAUCAAAGAUGAAUAUUAUAUUGAUUUUUAGAUGUGAUAUUUUUAUGGA